AUGAGUGAAUCGAGCGAAGAACUUCAGGUACGUGAGACAAACCCUGCAGCAGAUGAUGAAGAAACACAAAGAGAAAACUGGAAGAGGAAGAUUAUUGAAAAUCUCAGCAAAGUGGACCAAACAAAGUACAAAAUCUUCUACGCCGAGAGCGAAAUACUAGUCGAAGGAGAAUUUUGUAUCUAUAAAGUUCCGGAUAAACUUCGGCAAGUCAAGGUGGAUGCCUACCGCCCUCGCGUUGUCUCAGUGGGGCCUUUGCAUCGAGACAGUGUUGAUAACCUUGCAACAAUGAAACAAUAUAAAUGGUUUUACAUGAUGUCAUUUUUUCAGCAAAAAGUUGCUCAAGAUCCUGAAGAUCCUAAGUAUAGGAAAUGCGCUGAACAACAGUCUCAGAAAUGCUUCGAAGACUGCACCGAGGCUAUUUAUGGUUUGGAUCGAGUGGUUCGUCAAUGCUACACUGAAACCAUCAAGUAUACAGAGGAUGAGCUUGCAGAAAUAAUGUUACUUGAUGGUUGCUUCAUAUUGGAACUUUUUCUCCGGUUUGACCGAAGCUUAAAUUAUAUAAAUUCUGACCAAUACAAAUCUGAUCCAUGCACAGAAAGUGCUUGGAUGAUUGCUGCUCUUCGGCAUGAUCUGGCAUUACUUGAAAACCAGAUCCCCUUCUUUAUUCUCGAACUUUUAUACGAAGCUAUCAAGCCUUAUGUCAUUAAGUGCAAACUGCCAAAGUCGGUCACUAGCCUUGCUCUCAAGUUCUUUCAGCCUCUGAGCCUAAAGCAAAUAAAAGAAGAGACGGGAAGUUUAGAGUUCAAGCAUUUGCUUGAUCUCUUGCACAAAUUCUACUUCCUCUCAACCGACGAGGUGUCAAUUGAUAUUGAUAAGGAAUCCAGCUCCGAGGGUGAAUGUUCAGGCCUUGAUCCUGAUCAUGAUCAACCUGUAGAGCCAGCAAGCGAUACAAAGUGGGGAUUGAAUUGCGCCUCACAACUUUUGAAGUCGGGAGUGAAACUGAAAGUUGGGGCAAGUACUGAGGACAAUUUGUUGAAAAUAACUUUUGAGGAUGGGGUAAUUACAAUUCCACAAGUGCUCAUUCAUGACACGACGAGUUCACUCUUUCGGAACCUGAUUGCUUAUGAGCAAUGCAGGUUUGGCGGUACGCAUGGCGUCACAUCGUAUGCCUUCCUCAUGAAGAGUCUUAUCCGUUCCCCAGAGGAUAUCAAACUGCUUCGGAGAAAAAAGAUCAUAAAGGACAAUCGGAUUGGAGACAAACAAGAUUUGACUCAGUUUAAAAAUAUCCUAGAUGAAGUAGUUGUUGUCAGUAUGGACGACUUUUAUUUUGGUAAAUUGUGCGCCCAAGUCAAGUUAUACACCAGUACAUACUGGUUUCGAAGAUACAUCAAGGACCUUUAUCGCACUUAUUUCUCUUCUGCAUGGAGUGCGACAGUGUUUAUUGCCUCGAUUUUGGCCUUCAUUCUUACUUCCUUCCAGACAUACUUCACCGUUUACCCUCGCUAA